ACCAGCAAGCGCUUUAUAACCUGGAUUGUACAAACUUCCGGCGAAAAUGGAAGCAAUGCAGACAGAAUUUUGGAGAAAUGGGCCUCAACCAGGCGCUUUAUACAAUUUUCCUGGAGGAAGAAUUGGCAGUCGCGAAGAACCUGUCAAAAGAACACUUUACCCAUCAGUAACAGGAACUUCGGUGUUGGGUAUCAAAUUCAAGGAUGGUGUGGUUAUAGCAGCCGAUAAACUCGGAUCAUAUGGCUCCAUGGCAAGAUUUAGAGAUCUUUCAAGAAUCCUGAAGGUAAAUGACCAGGUUGUUGUGGGAGCAAGUGGAGAUUAUGCUGACUACCAGUUUCUGUCAGAGAUUAUUGAACAAACGGUGAUAGAUGAAGAGUGUUUGAAUGACGGGUUCGGAUACACACCGUGUAGCCUGUUUUCCUGGUUAACAAGGUUCAUGUACGAUAGACGCUCCAAAAUAAAUCCAUUAUGGAACACUUACGUAGUGGCUGGUUGGCAAGACGAGGAGCCUUUCCUUGGUUACGUAGACAAGAUAGGUGUGGCUUACCAAGCGCCUUCAGUAUCCAGUGGUUAUGGAGCAUACAUAGCACAGCCAUUACUCCGAGAUGCCCUGGAGAAGAACCCAAACAUGGAUGCUAAGCAAGCAGUAGAAACUAUAGAUAAAUGUAUGAGAGUACUCUACUACAGAGAUGCACGGUCGUUAAAUAAGUAUGAGCUGGCUGUGGUCACAAAAGAUGGUGUAGAAAUCAGAUCUCCAGUUGCUUCACAACCUAACUGGGAAAUAGCUCAUCUAAUCAAGGGAUAUGAAUAAACUAGAAGAUGCAAUCUCUUUUCAUCAGUUAUCAUCAGUAUGUUGGACCAUUUCAUGUGCUGGACUAUUUUCUGUGCCGGACUAUUUUCAUGACAACUUGAUAACAUAGCCAUCUUGCACAGAGCAGUGAAAUGUCUGCUUAGUGGGAUGUGUUCACCAAUUUAAUGCUCUACAGACUUUGACUUUGAAUUAGAAAUUCUGAUACUUAUUUGAUAAUCAUUAAUUUUGAAAUAAGUUCUAUAUUUUAUUUUUUUUUAAUUGGCUACAUUCUUGAAUACAGAUGGUUGGUAUUUAUACAAAAAGAAAAACACAAAAAAACAACAAGAAAAACAAGAAAUGAAAUAAGUACUUGAAAUAAUUCCUUAAUUUUGAUAUACUUGCUUGUUUUCAAGAUUAAAAUUUUAUUUAUUUGAUGCACCCUGCUGCAGUAUGGUUUCAUUUGGUACGGAUUUGAAGUAAAGCAUUAAAACAUAGGUACAUCAUAUAAAUUUCAUUCCUGUAUUUCACCUUAUCUUGUCAUGUGAUAAAAGUGCUACAUAAAAGCCUUAAAUUGUU